AUGGACGUAGAGCCACCUUCGUACAGCCAAGUCACCAACAACGAGGAAUAUCUUCUCCCUCCAGCGACCCUCCGAAUAAGCGGCCAUGUCAUCUACUCUGAUAGCUCUGCUGCGGAGCCGCUAUAUGAGCUGUCGCAUGAGCUCAUCCAUCUCCGUGAUACGACAAGAAGCAUGACGGUGAAGAGGCUGGACAUCAUGGUCAAGCCGUCUCCCUCGCCAACAGGACCGCCCUCGCACGCCGUCACACAAAAGCGCCAUAUAUACAAUCUGAAACAUCCAGGCAUCAUCACCGGUCCAGUAUUCUUGUACAACGCUGAAUCCCUCUCGCGACAUAGUCUCUGUUCUUUUGGGAUGAGCACUUAUCGGCCUCGGUUGUUCUCGCUGGCGAAUGGGUUCCGAGUACACCGCGUUGCGAAGGGGCCAUUCAACGAGGUGAUUGCGCAGGGACUGCUAUUUUCAGCAGUCUCGACCAAGGCAAGGGCUGUGAGAUAUGAAUGGUCGGGUGAGCGGGGAGAAAUUCUAGCGCGCGAGUUGGACUCUGGACAGGGCCCAGAGUUGUUUAUUACCAAGGAACUGAGCCUGAGGAAGAGGGAUGCACUGGUGACAGCGUGGGUGCUAAGGAUGUGGUGGGAGCUCGCCGGGAGCGGAGAGUAUGAGUUAUGA